AUGAGCGGUGCACCCAACCCAGCUGGAGGAUACUCUGGAGGGUCAGGCUACGCCGGCGGAGGUCGACCACCAGCUAGAACGUACGAAGAUCGUGCUGCGGCAAAAGAACAAAUGAUGCAGUCGGUGCGCGAGUCUUCGCAACAAGACCGCCGUGUCUAUGUGGGCAAUUUGGCUUACGACGUCAAAUGGCACCAUCUCAAAGAUUUCAUGAGACAAGCUGGAGAGGUUCUCUUUGCGGAUGUCUUGACUCUUCCGAAUGGAAUGUCGAAGGUGGGCGCCAUUGUGAUUGUGGAAUACGCAACUAGGGAACAAGCCCAACAGGCUAUCCAAACACUCAGCAAUCAGAGCCUCAUGGGCCGUCUCGUCUACGUCCGAGAGGAUCGCGAAACAGAGCCCCGAUUCACUGGCCCGUCGGCUCGCGGUGGCUUCGACGCCGGGCGAGGAGGCGGCUUCGGUUAUGGCGGUGCUCCUUACGGCGGCGGUAUGGGCGCCGGUGGUGGCGGUGGUGGUGGAGUUGGUGGCGGCGGCCGACAGCUCUACAUCUCCAAUCUCCCAUUCAAUGUUGGUUGGCAAGAUCUGAAAGAUCUCUUCCGCCAGGCUGCUCAGGAGGGAACAGUUGUUCGAGCCGAUGUGCACGUAGAUCCCAGUGGUCGUCCCAAGGGAACUGGAAUCGUCGCCUUCGAAUCUCCCAACGAUGCACGCAACGCCAUUCAACAAUUCAACGGGCACGACUGGCACGGCCGCGCCCUCGAGGUCCGAGAGGACCGCUACGCAGGCAGCGGUGGGCCUGGCAUGGGUUUCGGGGGACGAGGCGGAUUUGGCGGAGGAUUUGGCAUGCGCGGUGGCUACGGCGGUGGAAGAGGAGGCUUCGGUGGCCGCGGAGGUUACGGCGGCGGUGGUGGCUUUUCUCGAGGAGGAUACGGUGGUGGUGGUGGUUACGGAGGCGCUGCCGCCAGCGGUGGUGGUGGUUAUGGUGGUGGUGCAGCUCAAGAACCAGCAGCACCCAACCCAUUCACCGACUUUGCGACCUCUGGCGGCGAGAGAAGCCAGACGAUCUACGUGCGAAAUCUCCCCUGGUCCACUAGUAAUGAAGACUUGGUCGAAUUGUUCACCACCAUCGGCAAAGUCGAACGCGCCGAGAUCCAAUACGAACCCAGUGGACGGUCUCGAGGAACUGGUGUGGUCGAGUUUGACAGUGCCGAAAAUGCUGAGACGGCCAUCUCAAAAUUCACCGGCUACAUGUACGGUGGUCGCCCUCUUGGACUGAGUUACGUCAAAUACACCAAUGCCAACGGCAACGAGGCCAUGGAGGGUCAAGAGGCCACGGGCGGCAUGACUCAAGAUCAAAUGAUGUGA